AUUGUCAUAACAUAGUCAUAACCUAUUUUAUUGGUAAAAAUCUCAAGAGAAGAGUGCUGUGGCUCGUGAUAAUAAUUAAUAAUAGUCAAACAAUACAAUGAGAGCUCUAAUUAAACGGUUAACACCGUUCUCUAAUUUAAGUGUGCAACCAUUCGCAGCUACUAUACGUUUUUUUUCGUCUUCAAGUGAUGCUCCAAAGAAGGACGAAUUGAAAACUUCUUCAGAAGUAAGAAAAAAUAUUGUUGUGGAAAAGUACGGUGGUAUAACAACCCUGAACAUAGAUAGGCAGCCAACACGUAACAGCCUUGAUGAAGCGACCCUCAGAGAGAUGGCGGCAGCUCUUGAAGCUUUCGACAAGGAUCCAGAGUCGAAAGUACUGGUGUUUAAUGGUGAAGGGGGUAGCUUUUGCUCUGGCUUUGAUCUUGACGAAAUAGGGGUUAAAGGUUACAGUGUACUCACUGAUGCUGCUGCAAGGCUUCUCCGUCGGCCGCUUUGUGAUAAGCCAACCAUAGCAGCAGUUCAAGGUUAUGCAGUAGCUGAAGGCUUUGAAUUGGCACUUGCCUGUGAUUUAAGGAUAAUUGAAGAAACUGCUAUCUUAGGCUGCCUGGGAAGGAGGUUUGGUGCGCCACAAAGUCUUUUCGGUGGUAGACGUCUAACCUCACUCAUAGGUCUAUCUCGGGCACUCGAUCUGCUGAUAACCGGCAGACCCAUAUCUGGCAUUGAUGCUAAUACCAUGGGAUUGGCUUGUAAACUCACUGCUACAGGCACUGCUCUAGGAGAAUCAAUCAAGCUAGCCAAAUCGUUAACAAAAUUCCCACAAAAUGCCCUAAUAAUGGACAAAUUAGCGGCUGUGAAUUCACAACUGAAUCCAAAUAGUGAGGAGAGCAUGCGAGAUGAGGCCAUAAUGAGCAGCUUGCUUGGUUCCGCUAUAGAGGAUCUUAACCAGGGUGUUAAGAAGUUUCAAGGAGGUAUCGGCAAACACGGCAAAUUCUACAGACUAACAGAUAUGCCAUUAAAAGACUGGGAACUUGAAGAAUCUUUGGAAGAGAUCACAGUUACUGUUGAAAAGGAUCCCAAAGACAAGAAAUCAUAAAUUAUUUUCCAUUAUUUUUAAUUUUAAGUUGUAUUAACUAGUCGCGAUAUGGUCUGAAGUUGGUCGCAGUUCGAAGGAAUUGUUAUGUUUGGUUGUGUAAUAAAGAUCGGUAGCUAACUUCAUGAUAAUAUUAUAUUAAUGAAUAAAGUAUUUAAUUUUUUUUGUAA